AUGAUAUGGGAAAGAGGGAAUGGACGUUAUCUCAAAACUGCUGAUCUCUCUUCUCUUCGAUAAGUACUUGAUCAAUAUGCACUCCAUCCAAUUAAAGUCAAAACAUAAAUCUACACAGCAUUUCAAACAAAGCCAUAAUACAAAAAUGGCUCAUUUUCAACUACUAAAAUUCCAAAAUCAAAGAUCAAACCUAAUAGUUAAGGCUAUUAAUUUGCAGACAAAGAGCCUUCGUUCUUUUACUAUGAAGAAUUCGGAAGGUUGAACAAAUUGGAUUGGAAUUUCGUAGUCUAGUUUCAAACAUACGAAAUAAAUGAAAAUAUAAUGAUUGGUCCUUAUCCUCAAAACGAAUAAGACAUUUUAUUAUUGAAAUAAAAAUAAGUGAAGGCAGUCCUCAACUUGUAGACUCGUUUAGACAUGUUUCAUAGAGGAGUUAAUUGGGAAUAAAUAGUUGAUGCAUACAAGAGAUAGAAUAUAGUAAUGAAGAAUUAUCAGAUCUUUGAUAUGGAUGCAGAAGAUUUUGAGAAGAAAUCCAACAAGGCCGUAUAGAUUCUCAAGAAAUUAAUCAAUGAGUAUGAGUACGUGUAUGUUCAUUGCACUGCUGGAAUAGGGAGAGCCCCUUCAAUUAUUGUUUUAUACUUAAGUUCGAUUCUUUAAUAUGAUUUAAAAGAUGCUAUCGAAUUUGUUAAAUAAAAACGAUAAUAGUUUUAUGUUAAUUAUUGUAAAUAUCAGUGAUAUUAAUAGCUAUGCUAAAAAAAUCUUUGCAGAAGACUCUUGUGUUUAAUCAUGGAUUGGGUUACUAGAAUUUGGCUUAAACUUUGUGAAGGAU